AUUUUGUCAUAAUUUAUGUAUCCUACACCUACACAGGUUUAUGAUCCACCAGCAGAUCCUCAUGAGGUGUUGCGCGCUGCCAGCUGGUUAUCCGAAGCUCAACUCAAUCUCUUGGCUCCUUCAAUACUACAGAAGCAUCCCAACUCGUAUACCUACUCUAAGCGGCUGGCUGAAGCCUUAGUCCGGGACAGCUACCCAGGUCUUCCAGCUGCUGUAGUACGUCCCAGUAUUGUGACUCCAUCAUACAAAGAGCCUAUGCCAGGCUGGGUGGACAAUCUCAACGGGCCUAUAGGUGUGAUGGUCGGCGCUGGCAAGGGCGUCAUCAGAACCAUGCACUGUUAUGGUCAUUACCAUGCCGAAGUGAUUCCCAUCGACAUAGCUAUUAACUCCAUUAUCGUUAUUGCGUUCAGGAUUGGAAACCAAACCGAGAGACCACCAGAAAUUCCCGUUUUCAACUUGACCACGGGAGACGACAGGAAUACGACCUGGAAAGAAGUCCUGGAUAUUGGUAAAGCGACGGUGCGCAAGUAUCCUUUCGAGGGUCCAUUGUGGUAUCCCGAUGGGAACAUCAGACAUAAUAAGUUUAUACACUCUCUAUGUGUGUUUUUCUAUCACAUAGUUCCAGCGUAUUUUAUAGAUUUCUUGCUGUUCCUGUUUCGACAAAAACGAUUCAUGGUGCGGAUACAAAACAGAAUAUCAGUCGGAUUGGAAGUGCUGCAGUAUUUCACAACUCGUGAGUGGUGGUUUGACACGGACAACUUUAAGUCACUUGUGAAUAUAUUGAAUCCAGAGGAUCGCGCGCUCUACCCUAUGGACUUGACAAUCAUAGCGGACGAGCCGUUCAUAGAGAGCUGUAUGAUCGGCGGGAAGAUAUACUGCAUGAAGGAGAAACUUGAAAAUCUUCCUAAAGCCAGAUUACACAAUAACAUACUCUUUAUUCUGGAUCGGCUGGUGUCAAUCUUCUUCUAUUUGGUGCUGUUAUAUUGGAUUGUGUUGUGGUGCGAACCAGUAAGACAGUUGCUGUCUUGCGGAGGACCAUUUGUGCGCUAUUUACCUUUGGUUGGCAAAGCUGUCUUCAAGGAAGAUUAGUACACACUCAACCCUGAAUAUUUGAC